GUUCUCUGGGAGAGUAGUUUUGGUCAGGCCGCAUCGGCGAGCGGUACGCGGUGUGUUUAGUGGUGAAAAAAAACAUGGGGCGCGAUAAUGGGCAGACGGUCAAGCGAAGAAGGCGUUAGCGUACUCUCGGUCCUGGUAAAGGACGAUUUAUGCGAGAGGUCCGCGACGAUGGAGUCACGAGCACGGAGGACUCGGUUACGUAGCGUUGUAGGGAUAUGUUUGUUUCUCGCGCUCACGGGCAUCAUUUAUCUCGGCUACUUCUGCCCCGAUCACGUCUGUGCUCUCACGAGCCGCGAGAUCAAGGAGUCCGUGAGAUUGUCCGAGGGUCUGUCCGCUGGUCCCGGCUCCGGUUUGUCUUCCGUUUCCGUCGAAUUCGACAAAAAUGGCCUGCUCUCGGUACAUCCUGCCUUUAGAUUGCAGAGUAUUCAAGGGAGCCUUGGUUACGACGAUGUGUUUACCAAUGAUACCUUUCAGUUUGACAUCAACGGUCACGAUGUCAUCGUUUUCUUGCACAUUCAGAAAACUGGAGGUACAUUGUUUGGAAAACAUUUAGUUAGAGAUUUAGAUCUGCAAAGACCAUGUUCUUGUCAAAGAAGACGCAAGCGUUGUUUUUGUUUCCGUCCAAAUCGCAAUGAAAAUUGGCUUUUUUCACGAUAUUCUACCGGUUGGAAGUGUGGUCUACAUGCUGACUGGACAGAAUUGACUAGCUGUGUUGAUACAGAAUUAAAUAAAAUUGAAGGGGAUGGCAUAAAACGUAGAUACUUUUAUAUAACUAUAAUAAGGGAUCCUGUUGCACGGUAUCUGUCUGAGUUUAGACACGUACAAAGGGGUGCAACAUGGAGAGGAGCUCGUCAUUGGUGUGGAGGAACUCAAGCAAAUAUACCACAGUGUUAUCCUGGAUCUAGUUGGCAAGGGGUAUCUUUGGAACAGUUUAUGGCGUGUCCAUAUAAUUUGGCAAGUAACCGUCAAACAAGAAUGUUGGCUGAUCUAUCAAUUGUUGGUUGUUACAAUUCUACGCUCAGCAGCUUGGAGAGAGAUCGUCUCAUGUUGGCUAGUGCUAAGCACAAUUUGCAAUUCAUGCCUUUCUUCAUGUUGACUGAAUACCAGAAAGUGGGACAGUAUUCCUUUGAAGAAACAUUCGGAAUGAGAUUUGCCGUUGCGUUUGAACAACAUAACGCGACGUUAAGCGCUGCCACAAUGGCUACCCUAAGCACGGAGCAGUUAGAUGCUGUGCGUAGAUUAAACAGACUGGAUCUAGAACUGUAUGAUUUCGCAAAAAAUCUUGCGUUCCAAAGGUUCAAACGACUUAGAGAUCGCGAUCCAUACUUCGUACAACGAUUUCAACACCUUGGAGAAUUACCUUCUAGGCAAAGUGCAACGGAAUUCAAUUGGGAUUCUGUCAUAGAAGAUACUACAGAUGUUGAAUGAUAUGUAAGUAUGUUACUGAUAGAUAAUAUCGAUGCUUUGCAUUCAUGGCCGAGCGAGAAAAAUGUUGCUCUGAAUCUGAGUAUCUCAGGGAAUCAUCCUUGAAAGAAAAAAGAAAUUUUACAUAGAAUUAUUAUAUGCGGCGGUGGUCUGCAUAGAACUUACCAAAAGUGUUUAUAGAAAAUAAUGUGGAUAAGACCAAAGAGAGCCCAGAGAGGAUCUUGGAAUAAACCCUUGGAAUCCUCUUUCGGUAGCUAUAUAUGAAAUGAAAUAUAUAAUCACACAAAUUUUGUUAUGAUUUAUAUAAUGUUCAUAAUUUUUUUUAAAGAGUUCUUCCAUUUAAUGCAAUUUUUGCUUAAAAUAUAUCACAUUUAAACUUUGACUUUGUUAAUGUUUUUACUUCGUAUAAGAUAAAAGCUUGCAAACAGAUUUUUUUAAUGUGUAUUACGAAGUCAAUUCUAGGGAAAAGAUACUAUAAUUAUUUCUUGAAUGCAUACUUACUACUUACAUGAAAAAAUCUAAUAGGAUUAGGAAAAAAUGUUAACUUUAAUAUGUUUUGCAAAAAUAUAAAUGUCUAGUAUUUCAUAUGAUACUCAAUAUUUUAUAUGUAUCUGUUUUAAUAUUCUUCAAAAGUGAUAAAAAUUAGUUCUAUAAUUUAGUAAUAAAAAUUGAAGCCGUGAAUUCCAAAAUAGCACCAGUCUAUCAAUCAAUAUUUCGAGAAAAUCAAUCUUCUUUUGUUUAUUUUUCUUAAUUCAUUAUCGAUUUUGUUGAUUUUUUGUUGUAAGUAUCAAUUGUACGUACAUUUUCAUUAUAUAUAUGUAAAUAUAUAUAUAUCUUUUUUAAUCGUUAUUAAAUAAUCAUGUUCUUUGUAAGUAGUUUCGUAAAACCGUAAACUUGUGCUGUUUUGGAAAUUAUCGAGUAAUUUAUUAUUGUACUUUCAGCCAACUUAUUAAAAAAAUGGUAUUUAACAAAAAAACAUGUUUAUUCGCCGACCCAAAUUUUACUGCAUGAGUCAUCAUUCUAGAUUUCUCAGUGAAUCUAUAUUUCUGUAAUAAGUUUUCGAAGCAUGUGCGAUGAUUUGAGUUCACCGGCUGGCACUCUGCAAGUUUUAAUGACAUCUUAUCUUUAUAAGCAUUCUGCGCGCUAAAAGUUGAAACUGGUGUUUUCUUUAAAUUAGAAUAACUGCGUGAUUAGUUGCUCAUCGAUAUGUCGUCGUUGAAAAUUGUCGUGCAGGAUGGCAUAUUUUCAUUGUUUAAAAAUGUUAUUAGACAGAUUUGAGUAAACUAAAAACAAUUAUGUCAAUGACUCAUAUAAUGUCAAACAGUGGACUUAUGCUGCUUUGGAAUUUAUGGCUUCAAUUACUAAUAUGAAUUGAUACAUAAUCUUCUUGCUUUAUUUUUUCGUUUCUACGAUUAAAUUUACUUUCAACACAUACCGUAUAUGAUGUAAAUUCUACAAUAGUGGUAUCUUUAAUCGUUAUUCUAUAGCAAAUUAAAAGUAUCAUUUAAGAAAUGUAAUUAUGCCUGCUUCUGUUUAAAAAGAAUUUAAAAAAAAUGAAAUAUUUCUUGCUUUAAAAUUACAUCUGAGGUUAUAAAUUAGAUUACGAUCGAUAUUCCUAAUUAACACGUGAAAGAGAUAAUAAAAGUGACAUAAUAUACAGCAUGUAUAAAAAUCUCUAUUUAUAGCGGUUUUCAAUGGAAGGAUAAAUAUUACAAAUUAAUUUUGUAAAUAUAUCUAAAAGUCUAUAUUUUUUAAUAGAAUCAUUUGCAGUGUUAUUUGAAUAAAGUGGUAAUAGGAUUAAUAAAAGCGAUUUAUAUAGCUUAAGUGAUAAACUGUUCGUGUGAAUGUUGGAAUGAAUGAUCAUUGGAUAAACGUGUUUAAUAUUAGAUGCUGAUUAUUUGUCAGUGUAACUGUUCACAAAGAUCAUGUUGUUUUAGCACACAUUCCUUUCAGUUAAAUUGUUUUAAUUUGUUACUUACAUGCAAACAUUGAAAGAGUCGUAUUUACAGUUUAAUCAAUCUUUCGUUCAAAGGUAAUAAUUAUUGCAUUACAAAAUUAAGUAAAUCGCGUUAAGUUGAAAAGAUCAUGUACUUGUUUAAUGUGUUAGAAUCACACGUGCAAUAAGACUCAAUGGGUUACCAUUAUAAAUAUUUCAUCCAGUCAUCAAAUAAAUGUAAUAUAUUCUAUGUACAUUAGAUAUAUUUAGAUAACUAGCAUUAAAUCAUUACGAAGCAAAAUGCAAAAGCUCUCUUUAGCAGCGUAUUCGUCGAUUACGUAAGUGAUCCACGAACGUUUCCAAACUUCUUCAGCGAUUAAUAGAAAUGCGUGGCACACGUAAACUUUCACAAAUGUUCAGAAACGUUCGUGAGCGUUGCUGAUGUCGUCGUAUAAUUACAUUUCAAAUGAAAUUUGUUAUCAUUUGUGUCUAGUGCAAAAAAAGAGAACAUCAUCGACGAAAAAUGUUCACGGAUGUUGUUGUUGUUCGUUAGCAUUUAUGUGGACCAGUGUUCAUCAUAAAUGCUAUGUAAUAUAAUGCUUAUGUAAUAUCUCCAAAUGCUCACAAACAUUUAUGAACAUUGUAUGCGUCCGGUGAAUACGUGGGUUUUAACGUGUACCAUUAGUCUUCUGUAUGAUUACCACGUUUAUAUUGUAAGUUGAAUCAUAAAAUGAGUGCCAUGAGUGAUAUAAAACAAAUGGAUCUGUUCUUUUAGCUUUGCUAUUAGAAAUGAUUUAUAUUAACUGGAAAAGUAUAUCGUCUUUUCUAACGUUCUUAAAUUUCAGGCUUUCUAUGGCCUAUGUUAAAUGUGUUUCUUUUUUGUUGACUUGUGUUUGAUAGUAGUAUCAAUUUAAUUUUUGACAAAAUGAAGUAUAAUGUUUUUGGAGUAUUAUUUAAAAGUGUAGACAAGAAUUAAUUUGGUACUAUUAUCAUUCAGACGUGAACAACUUAUGGGCAAUCUAUUUAUAAAUAUAUAUAUAAUAUUAAGUAUGUAAUAUGAUUAACGAUAAUGAUCAUUUAAAAGUAACGUUAAGGACCAAAGAUUUAAUAAGUUUUUACAAAAAUGCAGAGAGCUUGUUAAAAGCAAUUGUAAAAAGGAAACUUUUAUAUGUUCUUAAACAGAGUGAUCAUUAUAAUUGCAAUAAGUGAAAAGAUGUAUUUCAAGAUCUUUCCACUUGAUAUAUAGGUACAAUAAUAUAAUUAGAAGGUAUCUACUUGGAUGAAAACACAAAUGAUUGUUUAAGCAACUGAUGCACAGGAACAGAUUUUUAGCAAUAUAUCGCUAUUUUCGCGUACUUGCCUUCGCUAUACGCUAACAUCUUCGAAAUAAUUUAGAAAUGAUCGAACUUAAAUUACACAGGGUGUGCAGUAUUUUAAAAUUAACAUCACACAUUUAGGAACGUCGUGUAUAUUAUUUUAUCGAAUCUUUUAAGUUUCACUAAUUACAUGUAUCUCUGCCAUUUUUUCAUCGUGUUAGUAUGUUUAUCUCAUUACGUGUGCAACAGGAUGCUUGUGACUAUAACAUUUAUGGGGUUGAUAGUUACUUGCAUUAUCAGCAUUGUAAAAAUGAACUCAUACUCGUCAGAUUAGCGUGAAUGAAAGGCUAGCUUUAAUAUGUAAUAUGAAAUUUUUAGCAUGAAUUUAAGUUGUAAUAAAAAAAAAAAAAGAAUAAUGAGGACAAAAAUCCAUGACAGUAGCCUAAUAAAGCAAAAUAUAGGCCUAAGCCAAUGGUACCUUAUGUAAGCCAGCCAGUGUACAUACCAUACCAUUAAAUCAUUAAGGAACAAUAAAUUGUUGUGUACACAAUAUUAUAUACAAUCUUAUACAGACAUAUAUAUAUAUAUAUAUAUAUAUAUUAUAUAAAAAUAUUAUAUGUAAGUUGUACACAUAUUUAAAAUUAUGUUAUUUGAUUAUUAAACAAUUAUACAAAAACUAUA